AGAGAGUGGGAGGUUGCCGCUUGUUUGUAACAUGACCAUACUCGUUUUGGUGAACUGGGAGAAGAGGAUCCUGAAGAGUUUGAACAGUAUGUGCACUGAGUUGGGAAUUCCAUUGGCACGGAAGCGGCCAGUCCCAGAGCAGAAAGAGCUGACAAAUAAAUGGAACGAGAUGGGAACUGAUGAACCAGACCUAAGCAAAUUCAGGCCUGUCUACGCACCCAAAGACUUCAUUGAGGUGUUGGUUGGUUUAAAAAACCCAAAUAACGAGCGCAGUGACGAUCUCACAGUCAGAAGCCACUGGGGAUUAAUCCAGGUUUCCCUCAACGUCCGUGACAUUCCUCAAAUGAGGGAAAUGUAUCCAGAACUAGGUCUUACUUAUGGACAGCUUGGUAUAGACGAUCACACUCAUGUUCCUCCAGAUUUGUUUGAGAGUGAGCACAUUCACAUUGGAAAAAAAGUGGUGAGCGAGCAAGACAGUGCAGCGGCGCAGCAGUACAGCAGACAGGGCUGCCCCACCGGUCUCAGGGCCCAGCUGUGGUCUCUCAUCCUGAAUACUACUAAUGAUCCUGAGGACAUAACACAUUAUGAACAGCUGAAGGCUAGAGUCAUACACCAUGACCUGCUGGUGGACAACCUAAUAUAUAAGGAUGUGAAGCUUACUGCAAGUAAUGACGAUUACUACUUUGUGUUUGAGGACUAUUUAUAUCAAGUCUUGCUGUGUUUUUCUCGAGACACUGCAGUCCUGGAGCAUUUCAACUACAACUGUGCUACACCGCCUAAAUCUUGCAUCCAAAGCAAGUCUGGCUCAGAGCAGUGUGCUGUGGUUUACCCCCCGAAUGGUGUCAUUCCAUUUCAUGGAUUCUCAAUGUAUGUUGCACCACUGUGUUUCUUAUAUAAUGAGCCUUCGAAGCUGUACAGCGUAUUUAGAGAGAUGUAUAUUCGCUACUUCUUCAGACUACACUCUAUCUCCUCACAUCCAUCUUUUGAGAGAUUACUGCAGACUCAUCUUCCCCAGCUUUUCUACCAUCUACGAGAGAUUGGAGCCCAGCCGUUGCGUAUUGCCUUUAAGUGGAUAGUCCGGGCCUUCUCAGGAUACCUGUCCACUGACCAGCUCCUAUUGUUAUGGGACCGUAUCCUAGGAUAUGAUUCCUUAGAGAUAGUAGCAGUCCUGGCCGCUGCUGUCUUUGUCUUCCGAGCCGAAAACCUAAUGGAAGUGACAUCACUGGCAUCAGCUGAGGCUGUUCUUGCAGACCUCUCAACCCUGAAGGUGAUGCCCUUGCUGCAGAUCUUCCUCUUCGCCACCUCCGUCUGAGAAGCUGGCGGUGUGUUUGUCUGUUUUGGUGGCUGGAUGUUCCAGUCCAUUUUCAUUUGAUGUUGACUUUAAAGGGAUAGUUUACCCAAAAAUUAAAAUGUACUCACCCUCAUGUCAUUCCAAUGACAUUUGUAUAACAUUUAGUAUGUCUUUCUGUCUUUGGAACAUAAAAGAAAAUGAUUGAAGAAUAUUGGUGAUCUCAUAGUUUUGGUUACCAUUGACUAGACAGAAGGGGAAAAAAAACUAG